AUGAAGCAAAAUAACUCCCAAGAUGGCUUCAUUCUCUUGGGCUUCUCGGACAAGCCCCAGUUAGAGACUGUUCUCUUUGUGGUUAUCCUGAUCUUCUACAUCUUGAACCUAGUGGGGAACACAAUAAUCAUAUUAGUGUCCUGUUUGGACCCCAAACUCCACACUCCGAUGUACUUCUUCCUUACUAAUCUGUCCUUUCUAGACCUGUGUUUCACUACGAGUGUAGCUCCACAACUAUUGGUCACUAUGAGACGCAAAGACAAGAGAAUGAGCUACAGUGGGUGUAUAGCUCAACUGUAUGUGGCAAUGGGGUUGGGAUCCACUGAGUGUAUUCUUUUGACUGUCAUGGCCUAUGACCGCUAUGCAGCUGUUUGUCGCCCCCUCCACUAUGCAGUCAUCAUGCAUCCUCGACUCUGCCUGUCUCUGGCUGCCACAGCAUGGCUUAGUGGCCUCCUUACCUCUCUGAUCCAGUGCUCUCUCACCAUACAGCUUCCCUUGUGUGGUCACAACCAGCUCGACCACAUCUUCUGUGAAGUGCCAGUGUUGAUCAAGCUGGCUUGUGUAGACACCACCUUCAAUGAGGUCCAACUCUUUGUUGCCAGUGUGGUCUUCCUUGUGGUACCUGUCUCUCUCAUUCUGAUCUCCUAUGGCUACAUCACUCAGGCCAUACUGAAGAUCAAAUCUGCAAAUGGUCGUCGCAAAGCAUUUGGGACUUGUUCUUCUCACCUGGUGGUUGUAAUAAUCUUCUAUGGGACCAUCAUCUUCAUGUAUCUUCAGCCAGUUAAAAGCAGGUCCAAAGAUCAGGGAAAGUUUGUUUCCCUCUUCUACACUAUAGUCACACCUCUGUUAAAUCCCCUCAUCUAUACUUUAAGGAACAAGGAUGUGAAGGGAGCAUUGAGAAAGCUGAUAUUGGGGAAAGCUUUUGGAUAG